AUGGUGACGGACUGCCCAUGCAGUACUGGCGGUGCAUCGGCCGAGGCAGCAGGAUGGUCGGUCGGCGUCCUCGCGACGGUGGUGUGGCGGGUUUGCUGCCAUGCUAGUAUGGUUGCGGUGGCUGCCGCAAUCAAACCCCUCGGGCGUGGAAGGCAGGCAUCCCACACCGCUCCAUUCCGUGCUCUCCAUAUCGGUGAUGAUGAUGAUGAUGAUAGCAAUGACGAUAGCGACGGUGACGACGAUGAUAGCGGUGACGAUGAUGACAAUAGUGAAGAUGGUGAUAAUAGUGAAAGGUCUGGUAGUGGAGACCGCAGGAGAUCCUCUUUUGAUGCUUUACUGCUUUCAGCCUAUCCACUGCAGCUUCUCGUAGAUGCGGUUUCUGCUGCCUCCGACGGGCCUCCCGGGGGCCCCGUUUGA